AUGGCGGCGCCCAUGGUGACACUUCGGGCCGUGUGCGUCUAAAGGCUCUGGAAACCAAGCACAGAGGAGCCGCAGGCCAGAGCCUGUGAGCAGGAAAAAAUCAAAAGAAGAGAAGCAUGUAAGUGGGCAGGGAAUGCUCAGCUGUGCUGACCAGGAAGAAGCCCUGAGAAAGUUCCAGAUUCUUCCAUCUCUUUUUCCGGGGCCUCCUCACUUUCUUAAGAAUGGCUUCUGCUUGGCAGAGACUGGGCUUUUAUGCCUCUCUUCUGAAACGGCAGCUCAGUAGGGGGCCAGAUGUCAUCAGAUGGGAGAAAACAGUGAUUCCAGGAUGGACCAGAAGUAUUUACAGUGCCACAGGGAAGUGGACAAAAGAGUAUACGCUACAGACAAGAAAGGAUGUCGAGAAAUGGUGGCACCAACAAAUAAAAGAUCAAGCCUCCAAAAUUUCAGAAGCUGAUAAAUCAAAGCCCAAGUUUUAUGUGCUUUCCAUGUUCCCCUAUCCUUCUGGCAAGCUGCACAUGGGCCACGUGCGUGUCUACACCAUCAGCGACACCAUUGCCCGGUUCCAGAGGAUGAGAGGGAUGCAGGUCAUCAACCCCAUGGGAUGGGAUGCAUUUGGAUUGCCUGCUGAAAAUGCCGCCAUAGAGAGGAAUUUACAUCCAGAAAGCUGGACCCAGAGAAACAUUAAACACAUGAAGAACCAGCUUGACCACCUGGGCCUGUGUUUCAGCUGGGAUCGGGAAAUAACUACGUGUUUGCCAGAUUACUACAAAUGGACUCAGUACCUCUUUAUUAAGCUUUAUGAAGCUGGACUGGCCUAUCAGAAGGAGGCCUUGGUUAACUGGGACCCGAUGGAUCAAACAGUGCUUGCCAAUGAGCAGGUGGAUGAACAUGGCUGCUCAUGGCGCUCGGGAGCAAAGGUGGAGCAGAAGUACCUGAGGCAGUGGUUCAUUAAAACAACAGCUUAUGCAAAGGCCAUGAAAGACGCACUGGCGGACCUUCCAGAGUGGUAUGGCAUAAAGGGCAUGCAGGCCCACUGGAUCGGGGACUGUGUGGGCUGCCACCUGGACUUCACAUUAAAGGUCGAAGGACAAGACACAGGAGAAAAGCUGAUGGCAUACACAGCCACCCCUGAGGCCAUUUACGGCACCUCCCAUGUGGCCAUCUCUUCCAGCCACAGACUCCUGCAUGGGCACAGCUCUCUGAAGGACACCUUUCGGAAGUCCCUUGUCCCUGGUGAAGGUGAGCUGGCAUGUGGAAGUGCACAUGGUGGGAUCACUGCCUUAUGGUGGUUCUCCCUUGUGCACUAUCUUAUCUGUUCUUUACCUUAGGUUU